AUGGCGGACAUCUUCAGCAAAGCUGCCAGCCCGACACAGCUCAGCUCUCCACCGAGCGGGCUCUCUACUCUGGUACAUGAUCCGCAACCAGAGGCGCUACGGGAUAUUCAGGGUUGGUUGCAACAAAGCAGGGACGGCAACGCUCCAAAACACGUGGGCCGGCGCCUUGUGGUUCCCCAGCUGAGCCCUCACCCACUCCCUGACCUCGGCAUCGUCAGGCAGGCCCCUCUGGCCGUGACCGUCGGCCGCCCGCAGGAACGCGCCCACCACCUCGCCCAGGCGCUCCGACUUGAGCCCCACGACGACGGCGGCGGCCACCGCCGGGUGCUGGACCAGCCGCUCCUCGAUCUCGAGCGGGUAGAUGUUCUCGCCGCCCCGGAUGAUGAUGUCCUUGAACCUGCCCGUGAUGCUACAGUAGCCGUCGGCGUCGAACACGGCCUCGUCGCCCGUCUUGAGCCACAGCACCCCGUUCUCGUCCCGCACCAUCACCUCGGCCGUCUUCUCCGAGUUGUUCCAGUAGCCCGCCUGCAGCUGGUACCCCGCGAUGCAGAGCUCGCCGCGCCGGCCCAGCGGGACCGUCUUGCCGUCGCGGUCCACGAUCUUGGCGUGCGCGUGCGGCAUCAGCGUCCCCACCGUCGUCAGCCGCCGCGACACCACGUCGUCGGUGAAGGCGUUGAAGCACGUCGGGCUCGCCUCCGUCAGCCCGUAGCUGCUCGUGAACUCGGCCAUGCCCAGUCGCGUCACCAUCUGCUCCAUCAGGUGUCGCGGCACCGGCGCCCCGGCCACGAUGCCCGUGCGGAGCUUCAGGUCGCUGGCCUUGAGCUUCGCCGCUUCCGGCAACGCGAGGAGAGAGUCGAACAUGGCCGGCACCCCGUGCAGCGCCGUGCAGCCCUCCUCCUGCACGGCCCGCAGUGUCGCAGCCGCAUCAAAGACCUCGGCCGGGUACACCACCUUGCCGCCGUGCGUGACGGUGGCCAGCAUGCCCAGGACGAGCCCGAAGCAGUGGAAGAGUGGUGGCGGGCAGCACAGGACGUCUGCAGGAGUGAGCCGCAUGCGGUCGCCGAUGUAGCGGGCGUUGUUGACGAGGUUGCUGGGUUCAGUAAUCACCAGGAUGCCACCGAUCCUGGCAACGGCGAAAAAGACGGCUAUGUACUGCUCGCAGUUGCCGGCCAUGAUGCCUACCCGGUCGCCCACGCCGACGCCCAUGGACAGCAGCGCCCGGGCGAUCAGGCAGCUCUGCUGAUUCAGCUCGUUGUAGGUCCAGCGCGCCCCCGUCCAGGGGAUCACGACGCACUCCUCGGUCCCGUACUGCUGGCACUGCAGGUCCAGCAGCUCGCCCAGCGUAAAGUCGACCAGUGGCGGGUCGACCGGCCCGUGGAGGAUCGAAAGCCUCUCCCUCUUGGGAGGGGGAGCCUCUAUGCUUGUCAUUGGUUGUGUUGA